AUGACGAAUCCAGCUGGUACUCAAGAUAGUGGUGCUGAAGCGCCGGUGAAAACCGAAAAACAGUUAAAAAAAGAAGCAGAAAAAGCAGCCAAGUUGGCAAAGCUGCAGGAGAAGUUGAAUAAAAAGCAACAGCAAGAGCAGCAAGCAGCUUCGAAGCCUAAAGUUGAGAAAAAAGUGAAAGAAACGAAGGAGGCAGCUGUCUACGCUGGGACUACAAAGGAAGGAGAAAAGAAAGAUCUAUCCGGUCCAUUCCCGGACGCCUAUAGCCCGCAGUAUGUGGAAGCAGCCUGGUACAGCUGGUGGGAAAAGGAGGGAUUUUUCAAGCCUGAGUAUGGGCGUAAACUAAACAAUCCGAAGGGACAAUUUGUAAUGGUUAUCCCACCACCGAACGUUACCGGCUCGCUGCAUUUGGGCCACGCUCUGACGAACGCUAUCGAGGAUGCGAUUACCCGUUGGCAUCGGAUGAAGGGACGUACGACGUUGUGGGUACCGGGUUGCGAUCAUGCCGGAAUAGCAACGCAAGUCGUGGUGGAGAAAAAGCUUUGGCGAGAACACCAGCAAACCCGGCACGAUUUGGGACGUGACAAGUUUAUCGAAAAGAUAUGGCAGUGGCGCAACGAGAAAGGUGACCGGAUCUAUCAUCAACUGAAAAAGCUGGGCUCUUCCUUCGAUUGGGAUCGGGCCUGCUUUACGAUGGAUCCGAAGCUGUGCAAAGCCGUUACGGAAGCGUUUGUGCGAAUGCAUGAAAAGGAUAUGAUUUACCGGAGCAGCCGCUUGGUAAACUGGUCUUGUACGUUACGCUCUGCCAUUUCCGACAUCGAGGUAGACAAGGUGGAAGUGACUGGCCGCACGCAACUAUCCAUUCCUGGCUACACAGAAAAGGUUGAAUUCGGUGUGCUUGUUUCAUUUGCGUACAAAGUGAUUGGAAGCGAGAGUGACGAGAUUGUCGUGGCCACAACACGUGUUGAAACGAUGCUUGGCGAUACGGCCGUGGCCGUCCAUCCGAAGGACGCACGGUACCAGCAUCUGCACGGCAAGUUCGUUCAGCAUCCCUUCUGCGAUCGUCAGCUGCCGAUCCUGUGUGACGAGUUUGUGGAAAUGGAGUUCGGCACGGGUGCAGUAAAAAUAACGCCUGCGCACGAUCCCAACGAUUACGAUGUUGGCAAACGGCACAAUCUACCGUUCAUAACAAUAUUCUCCGAUGACGGUAUUAUUGUGGGCGAUUAUGGCACCUUCACCGGUAUGAAGCGAUUUGAUGCGCGUAAAGCGGUUUUGGCUGCCCUGCAGGAAAAAGGUCUCUAUCGGGACACGAAGGACAACCCAAUGGUGGUGCCGGUUUGCUCGCGAUCAAAGGACAUUGUGGAACCGUUAAUCAAGCCGCAAUGGUAUGUAAAGUGCAGCGAAAUGGCUGCCAGGGCGACGGAAGCGGUGCGUUCCGGGGAGCUCGCGAUUACGCCAGAUGUGCACAAAAAAACCUGGUACCACUGGAUGGAUGAAAUACGCGAUUGGUGCGUAUCGCGACAACUUUGGUGGGGCCAUAGAAUCCCGGCAUAUCAGGUAGUUUUCAAGGAUCCGUCUAAAGCACCGAAAAAUUUGAACGAUGAAAAUCUUUGGUUUGUCGGUCGUACGGAAGCCGAAGCUCUGGCCAAGGCGGUGGCCGUACUAAAGGUUGAUAAAGCGCUUAUUAGUAUGAAGCAGGAUGAGGAUGUACUUGACACGUGGUUCAGCUCGGGACUGUUUCCGUUUUCCGUGUUCGGCUGGCCUGAUAAUACGGACGAUCUGAAGCUGUUCUAUCCUACCACUCUGCUCGAGACUGGACAUGAUAUUCUGUUCUUCUGGGUUGCUCGAAUGGUGUUCUUUGGACAAACGCUGCUAGGAAAGCUACCGUUUAAGGAGGUGUUCCUGCACCCGAUGGUACGCGAUGCUCACGGUCGCAAGAUGUCCAAAUCGCUAGGAAACGUAAUCGAUCCUAUGGACGUUAUAACGGGCAUAUCUCUGGAAGGGUUGCAUAAGCAACUGUACGAUUCCAACCUGGAUCCAAGAGAAAUAGAAAAGGCUAAAGCUGGCCAGAAGCAAGACUAUCCAAACGGUAUUCCAGAAUGUGGAACCGAUGCGCUACGCUUUGCACUCUGUGCAUACAUGACCCAAGCAAGAGAUAUCAACCUGGACAUACAGCGUGUUCAAGGGUAUCGUUUCUUCUGCAACAAGCUGUGGAACGCUACCAAGUUUGCACUCAUGUACUUCCCCGGAACUGAGAAGUAUGACAUCAUUACGUCGCUGGAUGGUUCGGAGAGCAAUAUUGAUCGAUGGAUUCUUUCGCGGUUGGCCGGCUGCAUUGAAGUUUCGAACCGUGGUUUUGAAAAGUAUGAGUUUGCACAGGCCACGAACGCAUGCUACAACUUCUGGCUUUACGAUUUGUGUGAUGUCUAUUUGGAGUGCUUAAAAACCGUCUUUCAGACAAACGAUGAACCUGCCAAGGGGGCAGCACGCCGAACACUAUACACCUGUCUCAAUUUGGGUCUAAAGUUACUAUCACCUUUCAUGCCGUUUAUUACCGAGGAACUGUAUCAACGACUGCCACGUGGAGACUUUGCUACCGUGGCUAGUAUUUGUGUCGCAGACUAUCCCGAGCAAAGCACUAGCCCCUGGAAGGAUGAAGCUAUUGAGAAGGGAUUCGAAUUUGUUCAAAAGACUGCACGAGACAUUCGUUCCGCUCGUAGUGAUUACAACAUACCGAACAAAACCAAAACCGAUGCGUACUUCAUAUGCAGUGACGAAGGGGUACGCAGUGCUCUGGAACGGUUCAGCCUCGAGCUGGAAACGAUGGCAUUUUCCCAGGUACACUUUGGCACCGUACCACCGGCCGGUUGUGCGAUCCUAACCAUAUCGGGACAGUGUGUGGUGCACCUGAUGCUGAAGGGUUUGAUUGAGGUGGACAAAGAGAUUGAGAAAAUGACGAAGAAACAGGAAGUGCUUUUGCAAACCAUCGCAAAACUGCAACAGGCAAUAACCGUCCCGAACUAUGCCAAAAAAGUGCCCGAAGACGUUCGUAAAGCAAAUACUGAAAAGUUGGACCAGUCAAAGGUGGAAAUUGAACGAUUGACUUCCGCGAUCGAUACGCUGAAAUUGAUGUAAUCA